AUGUCUGAGACAGCGCCUGCGGUGCCAGCUGAUCCCGUUCCUGUGCCUAUGGAGAAGCCUCCACCCAAGAAAAGAGGGAGGAAGCCUGGUGGCCAGCCAAGUACCAGCCGCAAGGCCCCAAGCCCCUCCUUGUCCAAGCUGAUCACCGAGGCCCUGUCAACGGCACAGGAGCGGGUGGGCAUGUCUCUGGCCGCCCUCAAGAAGGCACUUGCUACAGCUGGCUAUGACGUGGAGAAGAACAACAACCGCAUCAAGUCGGGCCUCAAAAGCUUAGUGGAAAAGGGGGUCCUAGUGCAGACCCGGGGCACCGGCGCCACGGGCUCCUUCAAGCUCAGCAAGAAGGCUGCUCCUGAGCCCGCCAAGGGCAAAGCCAAAAAGCCCGCCUCCAGCAAAACCAAGAAGCUGGCUUUGCCCAAGGACUCCAAGUCUACAAAUGGCUCCAAGAAGAAAGGCAAGAAGCAAAGGACGGCGGGUGAGAAGAAAGCGGCCAGAGGCGGCAAGAAGGGCAAAGGCGUCAAGGCCAAGCAACAGCGGAAGAGUCCCUCGAAAGGCCGGCCUGUGAAACGAAAAGCUGGGAAUGCCAAACGGACCCAGCAGAAAAUAAACCCUCGGAAAGCGCAACUUGAUUUCAUUUACUCUUGCAAAAAGUGUUAG